AUGUUAAACUUACUUAACUUAGUUAAUUAAGAAGGAAGAAGUAGGAAACGAAUUAAUGAUCUAGGUUCAUAGAGAGUCACCAAUUUUGGAUAGACUAGUGCGAGUGAAUCUUUGAUGAUUGAGCAUAAGCGUAGGUUAUAAGAUCCUUUAAGAUUAUAAAAGGAAAACUUUGAAUUAUGGAACUAGGAGGACUUCGAAUAAACAAAAGGGAACAUCCUUAAGUAGGAUUUUACAAACCAAGAAAGUAAUGAGGAGAACUUAUGGGAAUAUGCCAAUUUCAAUCCAGGUGGUUCAUAUGAAUGUCCAUCACCUUAAAUUAUAAACAGCUGGACAACUUCAAAGUUGACUGGGACCAACAGGGGAUUGCUGAUUCGUUCGUAAAUAAUAAAAACAAUAAAAACUUUCACUCUAAGGACAAUGGCUGUUUCUAUCAAUGUUAAAGGGCGGCUAUAUGGAAAUUCAAUGUUUUGGAUCUUCACAAGAGUAAGAGACAACAUAGAAACUUCAAAGCCUAUCUGCAUACUAAAAAAGAUGCCUGACUCUUAAAGAAUAUUUUGCAUCUUUGGCCAAAUGGUUGAGAAGAUAUCAACUGUUUCUCAGGGUAAUACUAAUAGAUAAUAAGACGUUGAAAGCGCAUACGAGGACACUGUUGAAGAUUAAGAUCGUAUGAAAUAUUUAUUGAAGUCUAACCAAGUGCCAGGUGAGAUGCAGUUUAAGUUCUUUAAAAACUAGGAAAUACCAGAAUUCUUUUACAACUUAGACACAGAUUAAUACUUAAAAUAGCCUUAGUAAAAAGCAUAGCAGGAAGAUUUUGUUGACUUUAACAUGGUGCUAAUUGAUAAUGGAGAUGACAGAGUGUGUUUGCAGGUUGGACUGAAUGAUAGAAAGACACUUAAUCUAAUAUGCUAGAUGUACAUGCCAAUAUUUGAUGCUACUAAAGUCCUUUUUGCUGGUAAAACUAAAUUAUUCUCAUCAAGUUUUAUAGGCUCUGGUCAUGCUACUUAUUUGAAAGAGGUAUCAGUUAAAUAAAUAUAAAGAUAAGACUAUUUUAAAACUGGUUUAAAAGAAGGACAUUUCGAAUGUUGCAAUACUUUCUGA